AUGUCUAACAUCCAGUUCACUGACUUUGUUGCCUAUGUACCACAGACGUCACAGAAGACGUCGACCAUCACUUUGACCACUACCACCAGAAAGACCCUCGUGACGAAGACUUCCACCACUUCUGAAACAAGCAGUUCUUCGGCAGUCCGUGUGACUGGCAUUGGCUUCGAUGGACAUGCUACCACCAUCGUAGGCACCCAGGACCACCUGAGCAGUACUACGAGUAGUCAUAAUAUCGUUUCUACUGUAGUUGAAGCGACUGCGAGCACCUCGAGUUCUGAUUAUUUGACACUGGGUUCGUCCAGAUCCUCCUCUCUCACAUUAGGCUUGGUGAUUGGUAUUCCAUGUGGCUUGCUUGGCCUCUCACUUAUUGUGGUUGGGACCUGGUACUAUUUCAGAAGAAAAACUGCUACCAAUAAUCUGAUAUUGCCCAUGACCAGCAGCUUCUAUGAAACCCACCCUAAAGGAAACUCCAGCGAAAUCACCAUUGUAUCCAACGCAAACCCAUACACCCAGCAAAGAGCCCUGGUCCCCGAUACCACCAGGCACCUAAAUCGACUUUCGUCGAUGCUCACACCCAUCAGGUUCAAACCAGGUCCCAAGACCGACAAGGCCAAACCUGAGUCGAUGUUCUUGAAACGGUUUUCUAGUCAGGGAAGAAAAGACGGAAUCGAUGUUGCAGAUUAUACGAUUUCUCCACUCUUCCCAAAGAGAUUUAACUUGAACAAACCUUGUACGCCCGAAACCAUUCCCGAAGCACCAGAACCAGUUAAUUACAAGCAAAAACGGUUACCUAAGCUUCCUACACUCAUCAAUAUGGAAAGAGCUAUGUCAGUGUAUGAGGUUGUGAAGAGGUAUCAAAAGUCACUUAACGAUGAAAUUGACCUCAAGGUUGGAGAUAGAGUCGAGAAAAUUAAAAGUCACAGCGAUGGAUGGUGUAUGAUCAAGCAGCUUACGAAUGGGGCCACCGGGAUGGUACCAGAGCUUUGUCUUAGGCUUGAAUAG